AUGGAACCACUUACUAUUCUGACUUAUAUUAUAAAACCUGAGUAUCUAAAUUAUUACAAAGAUUGGAUUUAUAUAGCAAAUGAAAAAGAGGCAAGAGGUCUCCAAUUAAUUGGAGCAAUCUAUAAACAUAAAGGAAGGAAAUUAUUUAGGUAAAAUUCUAAAUGAUAUUUAUAGAGCAAAGCCUCCAACUAUUCAAUUAUAAGAAUUAACAGAUCAAUAAGAAUUAGAGUAAUCUUAUUACAGUCAAUUUUGAAUAGUUUUAAAAAGGCUGAAGAAAUGCAUAGAAAAAAUUAAACGUCAACAACUUAUGGUAUUGAGUUUGGAUAUUUAUAAAAAUUACUAAAACCUUAGAAUAAUGUGUUUAAAUUUAAAAAAUGUUCUGAAUUAGAAUUUGCAUAACCUCUUAAUGAUUUAGCUAAAUUAUUUUUAGACAAUUGGAUAGAAAUGAAUGAUGAAUUAGAAUUCCAAGAAUUAGUUCUGAAUUGUCUUCGAGCAUUAUUUAGUAGAUUUAAAGCAUAAUUAGUACCAAAUACAGAAAUGAAGUAAAUUAAAUUCUAACUAUUUAUUAGAAUUAAAUAUGAAUAUAAACCUGAUUGGAAACUAUCAAAACCUAUUAGAGUUGAUAAAGCAGGAACAGAUAUUAAGUAUAGUAUUUCUAAUAUAGAGUGCAUAUAAAACCAAUUAUAAUGCGAUAUUCAAAUAAAGAUUAAAAUAGGAACAAAUUAAAUAAAAAAUAGCUGAAUUAGAUGGAACUGAUUUUGCAAAAGCAUUAACAAUUCACAAAUCAUUCAAAAUAAAGUGA